UCUAACGGCAUCAUGGAGAGCCCUUUGGCCAAACGCCAGCAAUCGUCGGGGAGCGAUAGUACAGACCAAUUUUUGAAUUUGAUAUCGGAUCCGUUCCAGAGCGAAAUACAAUCGAAUUCUAUCUACGCAGCCCUCGUCUAUUCCUUCGCACUCUCAUCCGGCCUCUUCCUCAUAUUUUGUCUCCUGAGACCACGAAAUUCCCGCGUAUACGCCCCACGAGCCAAACACGCCGACACCAAGCAUGCUCCGCCGUCUCUCGGUCGCAGUCUGUUCAGCUGGAUCCCCGUCGUCCGCGAUUUCAAAGAGCAGGAACUCGUUGAAAAAAUCGGACUGGAUGCUGUCAUCUUCUUACGCUUUCUCAAGAUGAUCAGAAACAUAUUUGCCGUGCUGACUAUUUGGGGAUGUGGGAUUUUGAUCCCGGUAAAUGUCGUGGGUGGGAGUGCGUUCUAUGAGCAGUGGAGCAACAUUGCUACAUUGAUGAAAUUUACGCCGCAAUACAUUUUUGGCCCAAAGUUCUGGGCUUUCGUCGUCUGCUCAUAUCUGUUCCAAGGUACUGUGUGCUUUUUUGUCUGGUGGAAUUAUCGAAAAGUAUAUGCUUUAAGACGAACAUACUUCAGCAGUCAUGAUUAUCAGUCCUCCCUCCACUCCAGAACGCUUCUGCUCACCCACAUUCCACAAUCAUUUAGAACCGAUGCAGGAAUCGCAAGCCUGGCAGAAGAAGCUAUACAAACCUCUGCGGUCCCUCGCACAACAAUUGGACGCAACAUGAAAGAGCUACCAUCUCUGAUCAAAGCACAUGAAGAUGCAGUCCGUGCGUUAGAAACAACUCUGGCAAAAUAUCUCAGGAAUCCCAACAAGCUACCGCCGACUCGUCCCACGUGCAAGGUCGCUAAAGAUGAUCGAAUGCAAUUCCCCAACAAAAAAGCUGACGCGAUCGACUACCUAACCUAUCGAAUCACGAGGUUAGAAACUGAGAUUAAAGAUGUGCGGGAGAGCGUGGAAAAGCGUAACCCUGAAUCCUACGGCUUCGCAAGCUAUCCGCACAUCGAGGAUGCACAUGCUAUGGCAUACGCAGCGCGAAAACAAGGCCCUUCAGGUAGCGAUGUUUACCUUGCGCCCAAGCCGCAUGAUUUACUGUGGCAAAAUCUAACCAUGAGCCGUUCUACAAGACGCAGGCGUCGAUUCACAGACGGAAUGUGGAUGGUUUUGUUCACGCUGGCCUUCAUUGUGCCCAACAUUCUUACUUCUGUUUUUCUGUCCGAUUUUUCACAUCUUGGUCUUGUUUGGCCUUCAUUCCAGGGUAAUCUCGAAGCACAUCCUACUGGCUGGGGUAUCGCGCAAGGUAUUCUUGCACCGUUGGUCCAGACUUUAAUAUAUAUGGCGAUCCCGGUGAUGUUUCGUCGGUUGUAUACACACUCGGGCGAUGUAUCCAAGACAAGUCGUGAGCGCCAUGUCACAGCGCGACUAUACGCCUUCUUCGUUUUCAAUAAUUUGAUCGUGUUUUCCGUAUUUGGAUCCGCAUGGCGCUUUGUAGCUUCAGUCAUUGCAGCCCAAGACCAAGGAGUCUGGGAGGCUAUCAAAUCUGCCCACCCAUUCUCUCAAGUAAUGGCAGGUUUGUGCAAUGUAAGCACCUUCUGGUUGACAUGGCAGAUGCAGAAGAAUCUGGGUGCCGCCAUCGACCUCGCCCAGGCAUGGCCUCUUAUCUCCAGUUACAUUCAGCGGCGUUUCUUCUCCCCAACACCUCGCCAGCUCAUCGAACUCACCGCACCGCAACCCUUUAUGUACGCCGACUACUACAACAACUACCUCCAAAUCGCUAUCGUCGGACUUUGCUUUGGGACUUUACAGCCUAUCAUUCUUCCCAUCACUGCCUUCUAUCUCUGCAUCGAGGUGUGGUUCAAAAAGUACCUGUUGCAAUAUGUCUUCAUCACCAAAACCGAGUCGGGAGGAAGGUUCUGGAAGUUGCUUGUAAACCGUCUCCUUUUCGCAGUCGUCCUCGCCAAUGCAGUCAUCGCACUCGUUGUAGGUGCGCAAGGCGUGGGCAGCGGGAAUUCGGUAACGAACGCGGCAAGGAACGGUAACAUGCUAUACGCUAUGAUCCCGUUACCUUUCCUACUUGGCCUGUUCAAAUAUUACUGCAAACGCAGCUUCGACGACAAGCUGAUGUACUACUCCACGAAGCCUUUCUCCGACGCAGAAGAAAAUGUGAGCAACAGUGGCAACGGUAUUCCAAAGACGAGACGCAACGAUAAAAUCGCAGUUCGAUUUGGUCAUCCGGCACUCUACAAACCUCUUCUUACGCCCAUGGUACACUCUGGAUCGAAACAUCUUCUUGCUGGUCUGAACACACCAUGCAACCGCUCCUCCCAAACUACCCUCACAAACACUCCCUCCAACCCUAACCAACCUCACACAAUCUUCGACCCGCCACACCGCCAAAAUACAGGCUACAGCGACAUCUUCCUCGCUGACAUGAACCCCUCGGAUCCAGGACACACCCACACUCCCGCUUUGAUUCCAACAGCGGUACCGUCAGCACUGCCAACAGGAACUCACAUUGCUCCUUCGAACGGAGAGCACCUCCCCCUUCCCGCCGUCGAGCUCGUACCCGAAGAGGACCUCGAUUUCGAGAACUUCAAGCGCCGCUCAGACUUCCGGGACCAGUUCGGCGGCGACGGCGAGCUGUACGGGCGCGCUGCAGACGUGCUCACUGCCAGUCGGCCGGGAACGCCGAGCACGUUUGCUACACUUGCCACUACUUCUGCUGGAGUUGAAGGGUUCGAGAGCGCAGAUACAUACGGAGGUGAACAGCAUCAUCAGCAGCCGAAUGAUGGCUUUGAGUGUGCAUCGGAAUCUACGUCUAGGAGGGGUGGCGAUGCAAAUGAUGAAACAGAGAGAGCAGGUUCGAUACGGCAGUCUGGCGAGCUCGAUGAAGGCGGGACGGAGUAUGCGGCUGGGUAUCAGCGAACGCCUGUGCGGGACUGUUUUGACCAGGUGGAUUUAGAGUUCGAUGUUGCGGCGUUAAAUUCCGAGGGGCUUGGGAUGGAGGAGAUUCUUGAAGCCGGGAGGAGAAUUAGCGAUGAAGAUGGCCGUGUUGCUUCAGGACGGGAGAGGUUAUUGGGUGCAGGCGUGUCUACGCAGACACAGUAA